AUGGAGCAAAUUAGGAGCUGCAGGGACGACUUCUGCAUUCCAACGUUUAAAUCGUUAGGUAUUGUUCAAGAGGCUGACUCAGUUGCUAAUGAGGAAGUAAGAUAUUUUUGUGGGAAUUCUCUGGGCUUGAUGCCACGUAGUACAAGAGCUGCGGUGGAGAGAGAACUCGACGCAUGGGCUGCGAGAGGUGUUGAAGGGCACUUCAGCCACCCCAAUGCACCUUUAGUUCCCAAUUGGAUUGAUAUUGAAAAACCGUUGGGGCCGCUGUUGGCGCCUAUUGUUGGCGCGCUGAAUGACGAGGUCGCAGUAAUGGGCAGUUUAACAGCAAACUUGAAUGCCCUCAUGGUGGCUUUUUACCGCCCACAGGGCCGUCGUGUGAAGAUUCUUUUUGAGAAGGGCUCGUUCUCUUCGGACUUCCAUGCUAUUUGGAACCAGGCGCUGUUGCACGGUUUAGAUCCCAAUCACGUGAUUGAGCAGGUAGGGCCAAGGCCUGGGGAGGAAACUAUCCGCACAGAAGAUAUUCUGGCGCGGAUCGAUGAAUGCCAAGAUACCUUAGCUCUUGUUUGUCUCCCUGGUGUGCAAUACUACACUGGACAGCUAUUUGAUAUUCAACGCAUUACAGCACAUGCGCAUCGUAUUCCAGGCGUGGUUGUCGGGUGGGAUCUGGCACAUGCUGUCGGAAACGUUUCACUACAGUUACAUGACUGGGGCGUUGAUUUUGCUUGCUGGUGUUCAUAUAAAUACCUGAAUUCAGGACCAGGUGGAAUAGGUGGUAUUUUUGUACAUGAACGCCAUUGCAAGGGUGACAUGGCCCGGCUUGCUGGGUGGUGGGGAAGUAAUCCUAAGACGAGGUUUCAAAUGAAAGAGGAGUACGAACCUAUUCCAGGAGCCCAUGGUUUCAGACAAUCGAACCCCAGUGUGAUUGACAUUGUUGCUUUGCGAGCAUCUCUGGAGAUUUUUGCCAAAUUUGGAGGUAUUCAAAAGGUUCGUCAGCACUCGCUAGUUUUAACAGGACUUUUGUUCAAUGAGCUCUGUAAAUCCAAGUACUAUAUUGAUGCCAAAGCAUUAGAUGCAGGAAAGCUUGGAUUUCUAAUAAUUACGCCCUCUGACCCUGAGUCUCGUGGUGCGCAACUGUCUUUGAAGUUUGGACCUCAUGACGAUGAUCAGUCCAAAAAUACAAUGUCUUUAGUCUCGAAGCAUAUGCGUGAGAAAGGAAUUAUUGUUGAUCAGCGGAGACCGGAUGUUUUAAGGUUAUCUCCUGCUCCACUAUAUAAUACUAUCGAAGAUGUCCAUGCUGCAGUGUACGCUUUAGAGAAAGCAUUUGAAUCUAUCGACGCUACAAACAACUAG